GACUUUUAUUUAGAGCGUUUCCAAAAUUCCGUGACCCGGAAGUGUCGCUGAAGGAGAAGUUGAUGAUAACAACGCAGCUAACCAGACAUUCUCGCUAUUAGAACGGUGACAAGAAAGGCUCUUGUCACUCUGGGGACUCUUGGAACUUUCUCUCUCUCUCUCUCUCUCUCUCUGUGUGUGUGUGUGUGUGUGUGAGAGAGAGUGAAAGAGAAAGAGAGGAAAAAGUGAGUGUGUAUUCUCUGCACCUCCUUGGAGGAUGACCAUGGAAGAGAUGAGGAUUGAAACCGAGACAAACUCCAUGGUCUCCAUGACGCUUUACGCUGUCAUGUACCCAGUUUUUAACGAGCUGGAGAGGAUCAACUUGUCAGCUGCCCAGACACUGAGGGCAGCCUUCAUCAAGGCGGAGAGGGAGAACCCAGGCCUAACUCAGGACAUCAUAAUGAAAAUUCUGGAGAAGAAAAACGUUCAGAUAAACUACACAGAGUCUCUGCUGCGCAUGGCUGCAGAUGACGUGGAAGAGUUCUUAGUGGACAGGCCAGAGCAGGAGUUCCAGGACCUAAAUGAGAAAUCCAGAGCUCUGAAACACAUCCUCAGUAAGAUACCUGACGAGAUCAACGACAGGGUACGCUUCCUACAGACAAUUAAAGACAUCGCCAGUGCUAUAAAGGAGCUCCUGGAUACAGUCAAUAACGUCUUUAAGAAAUACCACUACCAGAACCGUAGGGCUCUUGAGCACCAGAAGAAGGAGUUUGUCAAAUACUCCAAAAGCUUCAGCGACACCCUCAAAACAUACUUCAAAGAUGGAAAGGCGAUCAACGUGUUCAUCAGUGCAAACAGACUGAUCCACCAAACCAACCUCAUUCUGCAGACCUUCAAGACCGUCAUAUAGGCUUGCCUUGGAGAGGCCAUCCAAUCUUCCAACGAAGCAACAUUAAAAAUGGCAUAUGAUCGGAGAGCACCUUCUACCAGAUUUAAAUGUACAAUAGAGGCUUGAUUUUGACCAGACAGUUUUAAUUUAUACCCUUGAGGUGCGUUCAAAAAGGCUGAUGUUAGCAGUGAAAUACGUCAGCUUUUAAACUGUUAGCUAACGUUAGUGAAUGUUUUAAUGGCCAAAAGCUAGCUGAAGAACUUCAGCAUAUGUGAUAGCUUUUUUUUGUUAUCCCUAGCUACUGUUUAAUUGUGUGAAUCAGCAUUUUAAAGUUUUGGGACAGUCAGUUGUUGAUCAGGCUGUGACGAUAACAGUAUGACAAUAUUUUUUUCAAUUUUUCUUUGGUCCUAUAAAAACUUGCUGUAUGUAAAAUAUUCUGUGCUCUAUCUUAGAAAUUAAAUACAUGUAACAAGAUAAUGAUAUUAGUUUCUAACAGUAGGGCUGUUUUCCUAAAGAUGUAAAAUGAGCUUUUUGUUUCUUGCCACGUUAUUAAUGAUACUGGUAUCUUCCUGGCCCUACUUGUUGAACACACACCUGGUCUUGUUAGAAGUAGAGGAGACGAGGCAUUUGUCAGACUAAUUGCCAUUUUUGAUAAUAUAUAUUCAUGUGAUUACUUUACAUUAGGCUCAAGGUAGAAGUUGCCCCUAACCACAUAUCCAGGAUCAGAUUACCUUUAGGUUAAAGUGCAGUGUCAGCUUUAGGUUGAGGGUAUUUUCAUCCAUAUCGGGUGAAUUGUUUAGAAAUUAAAGCAUUUUCUGUACGUAGUCCUCCCAUUUUAGGGGACCAAAAGUAUUUCAUACAAAUUCACUUGUGUAUUAAAGUAGUAAGAAGUAUUUGGUCCCAUAUUCAUAUCACACAAUGACUACAUCAAGCUUGUGACUCUACACAUUUGUUGAAUGCAUUUGCUGUUUGUUUUGGUUGUGUUUUAGAUUAUUUUGUGCCCAAUAGAAAUCAAUGGUAAAUAUUGUAUUGUCAUUUUGUAGUGAGUUUUUAGUGUAAAUAAGAAUAUAAUGUUUCUAAACUCUUCUACAUUAAUAUGGAUGCUACCAUGAUUAUGGAUAAUCCUGAAUAAAUUGUGAAUAAUGAUAUGAGAAAGUUAGACACAAAUAUCACACACCCAUCUCCCUAAAAUAUGCUAACGUCCCCUGUUAUUGUAAUGGUGAGAGGUUAGCAUGUUUUAGGGGUAUGAUAUUUGUGCAUCUGUAACUUUCUCACUCAUCAUUAUUCACGAUGCAUUCAGAAUGAUCCAUAAUCAUGGUAGCAUCCACAUCAAUGUAGAAGUGUAUUCUAUGACAGUCUGCACUUUAACCUCGUAGUCGUUGUAUAUUUUCAAAUCCAAAGGGCUGCAGUACAGAGACAAAAAUAACAACAGCAAAAAUUCACUGUUCCAAUACUUUUGGAGCUCACUGUAUCUGACCCUGUGUCAGUGUUUAGGGGCCAUUUAGCCUAUUAACCAUGCUUUCAGAACGGAAACUGCUUUCACUACCUACUGUGCAUCUCAAGUGUCUCCCUCUCUUAAGAGAAAGCAAUAUGAUGUUCUAACCCUACUGGGUAUGACCUUUCACCUGUCCAGUCUUUACAGAGUAGUGCAGAGGAAGGGAGCGGUGUGAGGAGAGGAAACCUUGUUUGAUUAUUGAGAUGCACCCGUAUUCUACUCUCUAUUAGAAGACAGAAAACCAAAAGACUUCGGGGUAGGGGCGGACUAGGGAGGGAUCGAUUCUCACACUGUCUGUGUGUGUGUAACUACAGAGAGCGGAGAGAGGAGGGUUUGUAAAAGGAGUCUGUCCCUGAUGUUUAAAGAUGAAGGGAUAGAAACGGCUCCAGGUUGAAGCUGUCUAUAUUUAACUGAUACUGUAUGUCUGGUGGCAAAUGUUCAAUAAAUCAUUUCCUAAUUA